AUGGAGUCCGUCGAUGACGAUAUAAUCUUCGUCCGCGACUCAAUCCGAUAUGCUGCCAUUGGCGCUAUCCCUUUCAAUCCUCAGCCGGGCCUCCGUGUUGCUGUACCCGCAAGAUAUUCCAAGGAAUGGGACCACUCCGCGCGGGGGUUGCGGGUCGUGGUGAAAGAUGUGUUCCGUAUCAAGGGGUUGAAAACGUCCCUCAACAACAGGGCUUAUUACGAGAUCAGCGAACCCGCAGAGUUUACGGCUUCGGUGAUAGCGACUCCAGCUUGCGAUGGCGCACAUAUUCUGGGCAUGACGAAACUGAGCUGGAUGAUCGCGCGUGAAGAGCCACUUGAUGCGGUGGACUUUCCCACCGCUUUCAAUCCCCGAGGGGGUGGUUAUGAAUCCCCCGCUGGUAGCAGCAGUGGCACUGCUGCAGCGGUGGCUGCCUACGAGUGGGUGGAUUGCGGCAUCGGUACCGACACCAGCGGCGGUGGACGGCGACCGGCCGUGGCCAACGGUAUCUGGCACCAUGACAGGGACAUCGCAAAUCACAACGUGAAGAUCAAACACGAAAUCGACGACGAUGACUGCCUUGUAAUUACCAGCACGCAGGACAGGAGACCUUCCUACGAAAUCGUGUACCUGGUCGACCAUCUACCAGUGGAAAACAAGGAGCAGAUGGCCUUGAUUCAUGGGUUUCUCAUCGACGCCGUAGCUCGUCUCCCUGCAACGAUCAGGAAAUCAUCUAUCCGGGAGUCUUGGAGAUGUAGUCACCCCCAGGGAACCUCUGACGACAUCGACGAGUAUCUCAGAGACGUCAUCACGCGUACCUAUUACUACGCCUUCUAUCACUCCACCGAUGGCUUCCGUGAGGAGUAUGCCAAACGUCACGGCGGCAGGACUCCUUAUGUGAUCCCCUUCGUACAGCGUCGAUGGGAAAAGGGAGCAGCCGUAACGGCCGCGCAGCAUCGGGAAGCGGAAGACAAACUGAUGGUAUACCGAGAUUGGCUGAUGCGCACAAUCUUUUACCACGACACUCCGCAAGAGCAACAGAAGCAAGUUUUCGGCAUCCUCCCCAUCUCGAAUGUGGCACCCAACUAUCGCGAUAUGCCAUCUCCUUCCCCCGAGGAACAGUCCGCGCUCGACGAGAUGUUCCUGCCGCCGAUUCUGGGAGCGCCGGACAUCACAGUUCCCAUUGGCGACGUGCCAUAUGAAUCCAGAAUCACGGGACAGACGGAGUAUUUGCCUGUUGUAGUGGAUCUGAUGGCAGCUCCGGACAAGGACUGGCUGAUGACGGCCGUGGAGAAGAUCAUGAAGCUGUCGGGGAGGCCGACGGCGGUCUAAGACAGGGAAGCGGAUGUUUGCUUGAUCCGGGAUACGUGAGAGCAAGGACGGUCAGGCGGUCAGACAAGGAGAUAGACUUUAGGCACGGCCCGUCUAUCAUCGCAAUGUG